CACAAAACAUAUGGUGCUAAAGCUGGCGCUGAAGAAGAAGCCAACAGGAGGAAUUACUGCAGGGGAAACAACUGACAUACAAUAGUGAAGAUGGAGAUUAAGGAAGAACCCUGCAGAAUAAAAGAGGAGGAUGCAGAGGAACAAAUAGAUGAAUAUGGAGAUGCAGUCAGUUCACAGACUGAAGAAACCUUCAGACCAAAACAAGCUAGAAAAGCUGAAGCCAAAGGCCCGUUCAUCUGCUGUGAGUGUGGAAAGGUCUUCCAAAAAAAAUCGCAUUUUAACAGCCACAUGAGAUUUCACACUGGGGAAGGACUGUUGACAUGCACCGAAUGUGGAAAGAGUUACACCGAGAAAUCAAGGCUGGUUUCACACAUGAGGGUUCACACUGGAGAGAGACCGUUUACCUGCUGUCAGUGUGGAAAGAGUUUCAGAUAUAAACACGCCCUCAAAGAGCAUCUGCUCUCUCACAUCAGAGGGAAGCCGUUAAGCUGUGAUCAGUGCGAUAAAACAUUUGUUUAUUCGUCAAACCUGAGCACACACCUGAAAGUCCACUCCGGACUGAAGCCUCACUGCUGCUCUUUUUGCGGAAAGAGUUUUUCACGACUGGAAAAUUUAAGAAUUCACAGCAACGUCCACACUGGAGACAAACCUUAUGUGUGUUCAGACUGCGGGAAGAGCUUUACGUCGUCGGGCAACUUAAAAACACACCGGAGGAUUCACACCGGAGAGAAACCGUAUCAGUGCUCACACUGUGGGAAGAGUUUCACUUUUUCAGGAAGCCUGAAACAUCAUGAGAAAAUUCACACUGGAGAACAGCAAUAUUAGGCAUGUUCUUGUGCAGGGUCUAAAAUGUAAAAAUCCAAAUUUUAGACCUUAAAAAGUCUUAAAUUGGCUGUUCUAGGUCUUCUAGGUAAUUCUUUUUUGUUAUUGUUGCUUGGUUUUCGUGGUGUUGUAGUUCUUUAUAUCACUAGUCCAAAUGUAAUUUGUGGUAUUACAACUAAAAAUGAGACCAACAUGCAAUAGCCAAUCAGCUUUCUGUUAUUGAACUCGGCGUGUGCGGCAAUUGUUGCGUCAUCACUCUGUUUGCGGUGGUUUGCUUUGGGUGCGCGCGACAUGAUUUCAGCUGGCGAAGCGCACUAAAUUUUUUGAGACUUGAGCGAAUGUUCGUGUGGUGCCAAGUUUCAUUUGAGUUCGAUAUGACUCACUUUAAAGAGAAUGUGUCUGAAACAGGUAAGACAGGUGCGUUAUCAUAGGAAAAACCCAAUGAACAAUAAUUAUUGGAUAGAAAUUGCAACAGCUGUGGGAAAGGAGGAAAGUUUUUGUUAAAAAGUUGACCUGAGGGAUAAGAUUGUUAAAACUAAAAGAGGUCAAGGCAAAAGUUGAUAACUGGAAAUAUUUGAACCUAUUGGUUUACAAGAUACUGAUGCUCUGUUUUUCUAGGCUUUAUUGAUGAUGAUGGUCAGGAAUGUUGGACCAUUAUUGCCUUUUUGGCUUAUAAGUAGAGCACAGAAACUAGCCAGACAGUAAUGUGUGAAUUGUUGAGUGG